GGAAGUUGGAGUGAGCGCCGCGAGAACCGGGCAACCCGGCGGGCGGGCGACCGAGCGACUGACUUCUUCAUGCGCUCCCCCGGCGCUGCUCUGAACGUGUGGCCGCCCGCGGCUCAUCUUUUUUAGGUGGCCGGAGGAGCGACACCCUCCCCACCACCCCCGCUGCCUGGCUGAGAGCCCCCGCGUCCCCGGUACAGCAUGGUCAUGGCGGACAGCGAGCAGAAGGCUGCAGCGCACCGGGGCCCCGUGCGGGUGGGCUUCUACGACAUCGAGCGCACUCUAGGAAAGGGCAACUUCGCCGUGGUCAAGCUGGCGAGACACCGCAUCACCAAGACGGAGGUGGCGAUCAAGAUCAUAGACAAGACGCAGCUGGACUCAGUCAACCUGGAGAAAAUCUACAGGGAGGUGAAGAUCAUGAAGAUGCUGGACCACCCACACAUCAUCAAGCUGUACCAGGUCAUGGAGACAAAGAACAUGCUGUACCUGGUGACGGAAUACGCUAAAAACGGGGAGAUCUUUGAUUACCUGGCGGGCCACGGUCGGCUGAGCGAAGCCGACGCGCGUCGCAAGUUCUGGCAGAUCCUGUCGGCCGUGGAGUACUGCCACAAUCGGCACGUUGUCCACCGGGACCUGAAAGCAGAGAACCUGUUGUUGGACGGACAUAUGAACAUCAAGAUCGCAGACUUCGGCUUUGGAAACUUCUUCCAGCCAGGGGAGCCCCUGGCCACGUGGUGCGGCAGCCCCCCCUAUGCUGCCCCUGAGGUGUUUGAGGGACAGCAGUAUGAGGGCCCCCAACUGGAUAUAUGGAGCAUGGGCGUGGUGCUGUACGUGCUGGUGUGCGGAGCCCUCCCGUUCGACGGACCUUCUCUGCCCGUUCUCCGUCAGCGCGUGCUGGAGGGCCGCUUCCGCAUCCCAUAUUUCAUGACGGAAGACUGCGAGCACCUGAUUCGCAGAAUGCUGGUGCUGGACCCCUCCAAGCGGCUCACCGUGACACAGAUCAAGGAGCAUCGCUGGAUGGCUCUGGAGGUGCCUGUGCAGCGUCCCCUGCUCUACCAGCACAGCGGCACUGAGGAAGGGGGCAGCAAUGAGCCCGGUGUGGGUGAGCACAGUGAGCAGGUGCUCCGCCUAAUGCACAGCCUGGGGAUCGACCAACACAAGACCAUAGAGUCCCUACAGAACAAGAGCUACAACCAUUUCGCUGCAAUCUACUACCUGCUGGUGGAGCGGCUCAAGGCCCACCGCUGCAGCUUCCCCGUGGAGCAGAGGCUUGACGCCCGCCAGCGUCGACCCAGCACGAUCGCCGAGCAGACAGUCGUCAAGGCAAGCAGUGGCUCCGCACAAGUGGGGCUCCUUCCUCAGAGCAUGAGGCUCCUGCGUUCCCCUGCGCUCCCCCAAGCCUCUGCCGAUGCUUUCACUUUCCCCCAAACCCCGUGCCCACCCGAACACAGCCUCAUGGAAGAGGAGGUGGCCACGCCACAGGUCAACGGUUGCCUCUUGGACCCUCUGCCCCCGGCCAUCCGCAAGGCCAGUGGCUCCCUGCCCAGCAAUAUGAUGGAGACAUCCAUCGAUGAGGGCAUCGAGACCGAGGAGCCGGAUGGCGAGGAUGACCCCAUGCACGUCCCUACCGCUGUGCAGGGGCCCCGCUUUGGCCAGAGGCGGCACACGCUCUCGGAGGUCUCCAAUCAGCCCGGUGCAGUACCGACCACAGCGAAGCUCUUCAGCAUGGGCCACAACCCGUCCCUGGGCAGCAUGGAUUCGGAAUGCGACAUGGGCUCCAUCCACAGCGACCUCAGUCUGCCGGAAGACGCGAGCACCGUUACGGAAGCGCCGCUCACCAGCGCUCCCAUGGGUGGUGUGACUCCGGUGUUCGUGGGCCCGCGUCCUUCCCACCCGGCCACGCGCGCCCUCGGCUCCCGGUGCAGGGAGGCCCACAACCGCUCUCCUAUCAGCUUCCGGGAGGGCCGGCGCGCCUCCGACACUUCCCUGACGCAAGGUCUUGUCGCCUUCCGGCAGCACCUGCAGAACCUGGCCCGCGCCAAGGGCAUCCUCGAGCUCAACAAGGUGCAGAUGUUGUAUGAGCAGAUGGGUUCCCAGGAAGGGCCCUCUCUCGAACCCACCGGCCCCAACCUGCAGGACCUUCUGGACCCCCAGCUGCAGGUGCCUGGAACCCAUCAGCAGAACUGCAUGUUUUCCAGUGGAGCCCGGCCCCCGUUGCUGUCCCGGCGACAGAGCCUGGAAACGCAGUACCUCACCCACAGAGUGCAGAAAGCAAACCUCCUGGCAAACAGCCCUGGAAGCUGUCAGAUGUUCUGCAAGGAGAUACCGCGAAGUCUGGAGCAGCAGCUGCAGGAGCACAGGCUCCACCAAAAGAGACUCCACCUUCAGAAGCAGUCUCAGCUGCAGGCCUACUUCAACAAGAUGCAGAUCGUGGAGGGCUCCUACCCUCCUCACCCAACGUUGGGACUUACAGAUUCUGUAGUGCCUCCUCAGGCACAGAGCGGGACCCCCCCAGGACCGGUGCAGACUAGUCCCCAGCAGUCUCCCACCUUCACCUGUGCUCCGGCCCUUAGCCCGCUGAUGGAGCCCAGCGCUGAAACCCUAGCCUACAGCCCAUACCUGGGCCAAUACCUCAAUGUGGGCUCCGCACCACUGCCCUCCCAGCUGCCUGAGGCCCCGAACUUUAGCUAUCCAACAUGUGAGGUGGCCCUACCCCCAUCAAUAGAGACCCAGUAUGACGAGCAGUACCAGUACCCCCUAGACCCCGGGCAGCCUCCCCCACCAAUCCAGGCCGAAGGCCCGUCUGCUGGGUACGAAGGCCUAGCCCUACCUGAACUCAGCACUCCCUUCCUGGACUGCGAGAUGAUGGAGACAGUGGACUCACAGCAUGGCUUCGUGCUGGUCAACUGAGCAGAGACAGCAGAGACACAGCAUAACAACCAACAGCAAGCCACGCUGUGGACAGGUGGAGGCACUGGCGCUUUUAGGGAGUGGUGGGCAUGUCACCAUGCUUGCUCACGGUCCAAGACCUUACCCUUUUCUGUUGUUUCUGGAACCUCAAACUUCUUCACCAAGUCCCUCCACAUACGCCACAAGAUUACCCCCCAGGAGAGUGCUGUGUGCAUGGGACCUGAGUGUUCUCUUGUACUGUGUGGGGAGAGAAGGAAGUUUUCCGCACAAGGAAACCCAAGCACCUCAGAGCUCCUGCAUGGGGACUUGUUCACUGCGGUAACGGCGCAGAGUUGGGUGGCGGCUUCACCUCCUUAAUAGAGCACAAUUUUUGUAUAGACGUAGGACAAGGACUCAGCUCACAGGUUCCUUCGUGGGCUUGAAGUUUGGCGACACGACAGACACUGAGAAUGGUGAUGCACACUUGAGUUGCAUUGUAUAUUUUUGUUGAUGUGUGUUGCAAUACUGAAGCAAUAUUUUCAUCUGAAGUGGAAGGAAGCCUUAAGUCGAAGCCAUGCAGGUUUCCAAUGGAGGACACAACACUAAGUCACGUGACACUGGGUUUAGGCUGAAUGCUCUGAGUUUCUCAACAAAAGCUAAAAGGAACAUUAAAUCAGCCUAGUUUAAAAACACAAUCAGACAAGUGCUGCCUGAAACAAAACAUGACCUUUGUAGGAAAGCAUUUGUAACAUAGAGCGGAGCGGCACUUUUGCCAGGGCACUUUUUCGAAGGCAGUAAUAAUGUAACAGAGAAGAUGGAAUAGAUACCAGGGACGAGUUCAGAAGGCAAUAAUCUCUGAAAAAAGGCUGAUGGGAGAGUUAGAGCAGAACCACUUUACACGAUUCCACGUACAGCUCUGGACUUCACUUCCCAUGAUCCUUUAAUCCAUCGAACUCCCCCGCGGCGACUUUUCUUUAACUCUGGUUAACAUGACAGUGAGACAUGUGUGAUGCGUUAAUGAAAUGUAAAUGUUUUUGAGCAAAAGGAGACUAAAAGCUGCCGGUCCCUUACUGUAAACAAGGGUUAUGUGUCAGUGAUUUGAUCUUUACGCUGUUGUAGAAAUUAGGGGUUAGAGAUUGUGAAGACCCAAAACCGGCUUACAGGAAACAACAAAAUUGUGUGUUUGCUGUGGUAGUGCUGUGCCUUUUUUAUUUUCUUUUUAUUCCUUUAAUUUAAAAAUGGAAAAUGGAUGUUGAUUUGGUUCUAUUUUUGUUUUUAGAAUCCUUUCUGGAAGUAGUUUUUACAAAGGUACAAAACCAAAUCCCCUCCAGAAGUCCUGUGUGAACCCCACCAUGUGGAGUUAUGGGCUUCCUAGUUAGUUUCAUGACAGUGCUGUUUUGGUCCAUCAGUAUAUGCCAUUCAGAAGUAUUAGAGCAAUAUUUAUAACCAAUAACUAUGAUACAAUGUAAAGAUUGUGAAUGUGUUAUUUCCUUGUCUGUCAUUUCACAUAAACAGGAAAAAGACUGGUUGGAAAAACAAUCUAUAACAAUUACCUUCAUUGCUGUUGAUCAUGCAUAAGCUAAUGUGCUGUUGGGAUUUUAAAAAAGGUAAUUUGAAACUAA